CUGAUUUUGGAUGGCAUUUUUUUUUUCACGAGGGCAGGCUGCCAACAUUGCCCGUCAGUGUAUAUUACCAAUGUUAACUCCUGUCAGAUCCUGAUAAAAAAAGCCUGAUAGUUAAAGUUGCACAGUAGAGGGAUAAAUGAUCGCCUGAAUGACUCGUCCUGUUCUGUUUCUAAAGUGUAGGGCAGGAGACAGCUCUUGUCAAUGGCCGAAGUGAAUCUGGACGCCCCGCUCUCCUUCCCCUUUCCAGCUGAAAAACCAAGGAACCCAACCGCGCCGCCUGAACCGCUCUUGAGUCAAACGCUCCCUCCUCCAGGGUUAUCGGCCGCACUUCCUCCCCUGACAGCCCUCUGACUUUUUCAAAAUGAGGCGUCCAACUCGGCGAUUUGCAUACACAGAUCUACUUCCUGGUGCGGAAGUUGUUCAGCAACUUACCUGUCAGAGCAAGGGAGAAGAGAGAAGCCGGAAAACUCCGGGAGGGGACAAUCUGGGGAGAAGAGGUGGACAGACGAGACCAGGCGGCCAGGUGGUCUGCCCUGCCUUGCCGAUCCCCUUUGGGGGGGGUGUCUAAGUUCAUUACUGAAUUUUUCCCUUUAUGCAACUGAAGAGUGAGCAAGGUUUGAAGAAAUACUUCAAGUCAGCUCUACUGGAACUCAUUGUUAUUCUUCCAAACUUGGCAAGAAAAUUAACCAUGAAGAACAUGUGCUUCCUCAAAUGAAAUGCAUUGAUUUUUGGACCAGAGAGCUUCACAGCUACCACUUGCACUUGGUACCUAUUUCCAUAGAUUUCCUUCAAAAUAUUGAAAUGACAUCCUUACAAGGUGCUACAAUGGGUCGAAGUAUGCCAGUUGAAGUUGAUGAAACUAUCGACUGGUCUCCAUUUCCAGAACAUUUACUGAAAGAGGCAUUGAACCCUUCUGCAGAAAUCAUAAAUAACUCAAUGCCUAUGGGAUCUUAUCCAUCUCAAACAUCUCAUCUGAUGAAUGGGCAACUAGGAUUCUAUAAGCACCUUGAUCGUGUCAAUUAUAAUAACGGCAUAGUAGAAACUGAUGGCCACAGUCUUCCACAAGACAUCUAUGAUUCUAGAAGUGGGCGGUUUCCUGGCCCAUCCAGCAACUCCUCAGAUCAUUCAGAAUGUAAUCAUUUGCCUCAACACAAAACAAACCAGUUCUUGAGAUCUCAACCAUCCGCUGAUUCUCCUGACGUCGGGCACAGUUCUAGUAAUUUGCAAAGAAGUUCAUCUGAAAUAUCCCAGCAUUCACUUGGUGAAAGUCAGGAAAAGGCAAAGCCAAACUGGCAGCACGAUAAUAGGGUGCCAGUAGACCUAAGGACAGAAGAUGCAGGAUAUGAUUCUCAGCCUCAGGAUCCUCUGGGCAUUGGACAAGCUGAGCUUCUCUUGUCCUUUACUUCUGCUUUGAACCUACACGACCUUCCAAAGCCUCUGAUGUCCAGGGAAUAUCCACAGAUGGACUCUCAGUCAUACCCUUUAUUUCCACAGAUUCCCCAUCUUUAUAUUUCACCAGAAGCUCAGUGGCGUCCAAGAUACUACAAUCAUAAUAUGUACCGCCAGAAUCCCUAUGGGCAAGCCCCCUAUCAACAUUUAGCACGUUCACCUCAAGUGCAGCUUCCUCUUCCUGGCCCUUGUGCAAGAAUCAUCCGCCCUGCUCAGCAAAUAAUCCCGCAUUAUUCUAGUCCAUAUGGACCCAAGUGUAAUGAAGGAAGGCUGCCUGAGGGGGAAAGCUCUUCCGAAGGACUUCAGAGAUUUCAUGACCAGUGUCAGAAGCAGAUGCUUGAUAAUAACACAUCAUUCAAAAUAUACGGUGCCCAUGAGGGCAUAGAGAGAGUUCCUUUUGAUUCCAUGGCUCAGUCUGGCAGCAUGUCCACCCCUGGGGCUAUCCCAAGACCCCUGAAUAAUUCUGCAGCCAGAGGGACACUGAGGACCAGCAACUUGCCUGAAGAGCUACGUAAAGUCUUUAUAACCUAUUCUGUGGAUGCAGCUGUGGAGGUCAUGAAAUUUGUGAAUUUUUUAUUUGUAAAUGGAUUUCAGACUGCGAUUGACAUAUUUGAAGACACUAUUCGAGGAAUUGAUAUUAUCAAGUGGAUGGAACGUUAUCUAAGUGAUAAGACAGUAAUGAUAAUCAUAGCAAUCAGUCCAAAAUACAAACAGGAUGUUGAAGGGGCUGGAUCUCAGCUGGACAAGGAUGAGCAUGGUUUACAUACUAAGUACAUCCACAGGAUGAUGCAAAUUGAAUUUAUACAGCAAGGAAGCAUGAACUUUAGAUUCAUUCCUGUCCUCUUUCCCAAUGCAAAAAAGGAACAUGUACCUAUCUGGCUUCAGAAUACUCACAUCUACCAUUGGCCUCGGAAUAAAAAGAACAUUCUGUUGCGGUUGCUGAGAGAAGAAGAGUAUAUCGCGCCUCCAAUAGGACCUCUGCCCACGCUCCAGGUUGUUCCAUUAGGAGCACACAUCUGAAGCACACAUGGACUAAAUGUUGUAUGAUUCUCUUGGCUGAUGGCCAGGAUUUUCCUGGCUACUCUUCUGGAUGAUGAACGGUAUGAUGAACGGACUCUCCCCUUUCCACCACAAAUAGAAUUUGUCUUGGGGUGCAGCAAGCCAAUGUGUUUUCUUCCCUUCUGAAUGUUACUUUCUGAUGCUGAUCAGGCACAUUGCUACAUUUCAACAAACUGCAAAUGGAAAAAUGUAUUUCAUGAUGGUUGCUUUUCUUCUGUCUUGAGCAACAUUCCAAGUCUGCGGCAAAGCAAACAAACACUAGAAUGAGGCUGAAUAUGCAAAAAAAAAAAAAAAAAAAAGGAUACUCCUGUUGGCUCACAGCACCUUUUGUUGUCAGACAGAUGAACAUAUAUUGUAAAACAAUAUUGCAAAGCUGUUUCAUGUACACGAUAAAGGAGUUACUUUUCACAUGGACUGCCAUUUUCAUGGUAAGAAAAACA